AUGGGGCCCCGUAGGUCACAUCGCAAGUCGCGCAAUGGCUGCCCGGAAUGCAAAUCGCGUCGAUUAAAGUGCGAUGAGCGUUAUCCAUGUACAAAUUGUGUCAAACAUGCUAUUCAAUGCAGCUAUGUUGCGCCUAUCGACCAGACAGAUUCACCUGUCUCAAGCGUAUCCUCAGCCACGCAACCACAGCCCCAGGCCCACGACACCCCCCAAGCUUAUCCACCCCUCCAACCUCCAAACUAUGCGCCAACUCCCAAUGGCGGUGAUCCUUGGUUAUAUGACAACUCAGACGUCAGGCCCGAGUCAGAAAAUAGGCUAGAGUUCCUGGGCAUUCUCCCCAACUCAUCAUUGGAUUCCCCACUCCAGAAAGAAGACUGGGGCCUUGACUUGGAGUUGAUGCACCAUUAUUGCACGGUGACAUCCAACACUUUAUCCGAACGCGAAGAUGCACGACAUGUCUGGCGCGUGGUUAUGCCCACUGAAGGAUACUCUAACAAGUACCUCAUGCACGGGAUUCUCGCUAUCGCCGCCGUCCAUCGUGCAUACCUCUAUCGGAUGUCGGAACAAAGGGAAAGAUACAUCAAGGCAUCCGCAUAUCAUCUUGCCGCCGGGCUAAAAGAGUUCCGAGAACUAAUCGCAUCACCUAUCGAUCCGUCAAACUGGCAACCUGUUUUCUGCUUUGCGUCCAUGAUCUCGGUACACCUGUGCACUGUCCCGAUUCGACUCGGUGUCUCUCGAUGGCCAAACCCGAUCACGAAUACUAUCGAGCUGUUUGCUAGCGUGAAAGGGUUACAGGCAAUUAUGAAGCCGUUCUUGCCUUCGCUGAGGAAGACGCAGCUUGCACCUUUGGCGAAUUCCGUAUGGCUGGAAAGCGAAAUGCGUGUUCACAGCCCUGGCGCCGUAGCACAAUCUCUCUUACCGGCAGAUAUCUGGACCCAAAUAUCCCGCCUCUAUCGGUUCAUCGAAGAGUACCCAUUCACACAAACGACGAACCAGGACGACACCGCAGAGAAACAUUCAGAGCAUCGGAAGGACUAUGAAGCCGCCAUCAAGUCUUACGAAAGUUCUGUUAGGCAACUAGAACUUGCAGGACUUCAUGUGGAGGCGGGUAUGGUUUUCUUGUGGGCCUACCGACUUUCUGUGCAGUUUCAUAAGGACCUGGAGGCGCAUCAUCCGGCGGCGCUCGUUCUAUUGGCACACUACUGCGUUCUCUUGCGGUCAGUUGAUCACCGCUGGUAUUUGAAUGAUAUGGCACGCCAGUUGCUAGAGGAUAUUGAGAGGCAUAUACAUCCUGGGUACCGGGACUGGCUGGCGUGGCCUCGUCGGUGGGUACAUAUGAGGUAA